UUUGGGCCUUGGCCCAAUAUUCAAUUUUCCCAGCAGGCAGCAGCCGAACAGUCCCCACUUAUCCACAUUCCACAUCCAUCCUCUUGCUCCCAUUCCCCUCUACAGCUCUCACACACUCUCGACUUUCUUCUCCUCCGCUUUUCAUGGCGUCGCCGUUGUCUCUUCGCUCCCUCCUUCAUGCCAAGCACACCAACUCUCCCUCCAUUCCAGUUAAUGCGUACCGGUUUUCUGCAGGCUCGUGCUACGCAGUGCCGCACCGUGCGAAGCUCCAUUCCAGUACUGCCGCUGCCACUCUGUGCUUCUGGAGCUCUUCUUCCAGCUACGUCAGUCUAAGGGCCGGCGCUCCCCAGCUCUGCGGGAAGCCGAUUGCUGUGAAGCGGUUGUCGCCCAAGAGGCGAGUAAAUGAAGAUGGAUUCGUGAGGUGUGCGACCAUGGAAGAAAUUGAAGCUGAGAAAUCAUCUAUUGAACAAGAUGCUAAAGUAAGGAUGGAAAAGACUAUCGAGACACUUCGAACCAAUUUCAAUUCCGUAAGGACGGGCAGAGCAAACCCUUCCAUGCUAGAUAAGAUCCAGGUGGAAUAUUAUGGAAGUCCAGUAUCCCUGAAAAGCAUAGCUCAAAUCAGUACCCCUGAUGCUAGCUCUAUUCUGGUUCAGCCAUACGACAAGUCCAGCUUGAAGGCUGUAGAGAAGGCCAUUGUGAAUUCUGAUCUUGGUUUGACGCCAAACAAUGAUGGAGAAGUUAUCCGACUCUCUGUCCCUCAGUUGACAUCUGACAGAAGGAAGGAGCUGUCCAAAGUUGUAGCUAAAAUGGCUGAGGAGGGGAAGGUACUGUAGUUUUUUCUUAAUGGUAGCUUUGAGAAAUAUCAGACGAGAUAUACUGAAAGCUUAUGAAAAGCUGGAGAAGGAGAAAAAGCUGUCAGAAGAUAAUGUGAAGGACUUGUCAAGUGAUGUACAGAAGCUGAUAGAUGAUUACACGAAGAAGGUAGAUACCCUCUUCAAACAGAAAGAGAAGGAGCUGCUGAAGGUAUGACUGUAGUAACUCAUCCCACAGGCAAGAUAUCUGCCCGUUUUCUGCUCUCUCGGAAGUGUUCAUAUCCCAUUUUGGAGUUCAUAGAGCUUUGGCUGAUAUUGUAUUUUGGUCUCUACGAUGAAAAGAAAUUUGGAUAUUGCUGUUAGUGAGUUUGUAUAGCAAUAAUGGCAUGCAAACCUGCUACUUUCUCAUGGCAAGGUUCCUUUGAAGAGUGCUCUUUUAACGGUCAGAGAGAUGAGUUGAGAAAGAAUGUGUAUGUAUCUAUUCAUCUUCCUUCUCUAUUCUCCAACAACAUCCAACUCUUUCUGAGGUUGGAUACAUGAGAGGUAUGCUCCGGCCGACGGACAAUGUGUGGCUUGUAUGUGAUUUUUCCUAACUCACAAAGUUAGUUAAUAGGAAUAAAUUACCUUGCAUAGGGUUGCAAAUGAACUAAGCCCCUC